ACCUGGAGAUCGACCCCAGCCUGUCCAUGAGCCGGGCCCACGAGAAGGAGCAGAUCAAGAGCCUGAACAACCGCUUCGCCAGCUUCAUCGACAAGGUGCGUUUUCUGGAGCAGCAGAACAAGAUGCUGGAGACCAAGCUGGAGCUGCUGCAGGGUCAGGGCGUGGGCCGGUCCAACGUGGAGCCCAUGUUCGAGGCCUACAUGGCGGGUCUGCGGCGUCAGAUGGACCUGGUCAACAACGACAAGACCAAGCUGGACGGGGAGCUGAGGAACAUGCAGGGCCUGGUGGAGGACUACAAGCACAAGUACGAGGAAGAGAUCAACAAGAGGAACAACCUGGAGAACGACUUUGUGAUCCUGAAGAAGGAUGUGGACUCAGCCUACCUGGUCAAAGCGGAUCUGGAGGAUAAAGUCGGAGCUCUGACGGAUGAAAUCAACUUCCUGCGUAACGUCUACGAGGAGGAGCUGCGCGAGCUGCAGGCCAGCAUCAAGGACACCUCGGUGGUGGUGCAGAUGGACAACAGCCGCAGCCUCAACAUGGAGCAGAUCGUCUCCGAGGUCAAAGCCCAGUACGAGGAGAUCGCAGCCCGCAGCCGAGAGGAGGCCGAGGCCUGGUACAAGAGCAAGUUCGACCAGAUGUCGGUGCAGGCCAGUCAGUUUGGAGACGAGCUGCGCGUCGUGAAGGGAGAGGUCGCAGAGGUCAACCGGCUGAUCGGCCGCCUGCAGAGCGAGAUCGAAGCGGUCAAGGCUCAGCGCGGCGGUCUGGAGAACCAGCUGGCUGAGGCCGAGGAGCGAGGAGAGCUGGCCGUGAAGGAGGCCAAGGCGCGGACCAGAGACCUGGAGGACGCGCUGCAGAGAGCCAAGCAGGACAUGGCCCGGCAGCUGCGCGAGUACCAGGACCUGAUGAACCUGAAACUGGCUCUGGACAUCGAGAUCGCCACCUACAGGAAGCUGCUGGAAGGAGAGGAGGACAGGCUGGCCAAAGGCAUCAAGCAGCACUACUUCAAACCCUACAUCCAGAAGCUCUUUGACAAACAGAUCCUGAAAGGCAACGAGGAUCACCUGACAGAAAUGCUGGACCCUCAAAACUUUAUUGACAACAAUAAAGCCAUAAACCGAGAGUACGAGGAGUACGUGUUGACAGUGGGAGACUUCGACGAGCGGGUGUUUCUGGGAGCCGACGCAGACGAAGAAAUCGGAACUCCGAGGAAGAUCGUUCAGGAUCCGUUAGCCAGCCAGAGCCACCAGCUGCAGCAGCACAUGGAGAAGUUGCAGUCUGGCUCUCUCGCCCCCUCCACCCCUCUGACGGGGCGGGUCUACCUGAAGGACAAGGAGCUGCUCGUCACGCCCGUCUCCUCGGCAACGCAGAGCGUCAGCCGGCUGCAGAGCAUGGUGGCCGGUCUGAGGACGGCACCCAGCGAAGCCCUGAUCCAGAUCUUCAAGUCCUGCUCCAGAGAUCCCACAGAGUCCAUACUGGGUCGAGUAAAAACGCUCGGACAGACCUUCAAAGAACAUUACACCAACGACUCCGAGGACACGCCCGGCGCUCACAUCGAUUUUGCAGAGAACCGCAUGAAGCUGGCGGAAAUCCUCUACUACAAGAUUCUGGAGAACGUCAUGGCUCAGGAGACCAAACGGCUGCAGGGCAGAGACAUGAGCGCGUUGCUGGAGCAGGACAUCUUCCACUGCUCCCUCAUGGCGUGCUGCCUGGAGGUGGUGCUGUUCGCCUACAGCUCCCAGAGGACGUUUCCCUGGAUCAUCAACAUCUUCAAGCUGGCUCCCUUCUACUUCUUCAAGGUGAUCGAGGUGUUCAUCCGCUCAGAAGAAGGCCUGUCCAGAGACAUGGUGAAGCAUCUGAACUCCAUCGAGGAGCAGGUCCUGGAGAGCCGGGCGUGGGCCUCGGGCUCGGCCCUGUGGAGCGCCCUGCAGGCCGCUGGGAGCAAAGUGCCCACGGUGGAGGAGGUCAACUUUUCCUCCAGUCUCGACUCUGGUUCUGGUUCUGGUUCUGGUUCCAGUUCUGGUUCUAACAGUGCGGGUCAGUCCCACCUCCCCUUGGUGGCUCUCUCCCCGAUCAUCCACCCCCGCAUCAGGGAGUUCCGGUCAGGCCUGGGCAGUGCACGGAAAGAUGUUCCCCCCUCUCCGCUGUCGGUCCACGACCGGUACAGCUCUCCUGCGGCCGGCAGCGCUAAGCGGCGCCUCUUCGGAGACGACCCUCCGACCCCGGCGCCGGGCCUGGGCUCCGUGUCGUCUCCUGCCAAGAGGCUGACGUUCGGCUCCAGCGGCACCCUGAAGAUCGGGGGCCAGACGGGGCAGACCACCAUGCUCAGCAUCCCCCUGCAAGGCACCAACAGCGAGCGGACCAUCACGCUCAUCCCGGUGCAGCCCUGCGACGCCUCCGGCACCGUCACGGCCCAGUUCCUGCUGACCACCUCACCCAGCCGGCCCCCCGCCCCGCCCUCUGCUCCCCUCACCGCUCCCGCCGCCGCCGCCACUGCCGCCGCCUCCGACAGCCAGGCGGGACGCCCGCGACGCACCGGGUCACUCGCCCUGUUCUUCAGGAAGGUCUACCACCUGGCCAGCGUCCGUCUCAGAGACCUGUGCGUGAAGCUGGACAUCUCGUCGGAGCUGCGGGGGAAAAUCUGGACGUGUUUCGAGCACUCGAUGGUCCACAACACCGAGCUGAUGAGGGACAGACACCUGGACCAGCUGCUGCUGUGCAGCAUCUACAUCAUCUCCAAAAUCACCAAAGAGCCUCACACCUUCCAGGACAUCAUGAAGUGCUACCGCAGCCAGCCGCAGGCCUGCAGCCACGUGUAUCGCAGCGUGUUACUGCAUCACACUCCCAGAGACCCAGUGGCUGAUGAAAACAUGGAGGUGGAUUCUGUUUCUGGAGGAGAAUCUGCAGAGAAAACCAAUCAGCUCCCAGGAGACGCAAACGCCGAGCAGUCGGCGGAGGAGGAGCGAGGAGACCUGAUCCAGUUCUACAACAGCAUCUACAUCCUGAAGAUGAAGAGCUUCGCCCUGCGAUACGCCUCCCACGAUAACCGGGCUGACGCUCCUCCUCUGUCUCCGUUCCCGACGGUCCGGGCUCAGCCGCUGUCUCCCCGCCGGGUCUCCCAGAGACACUCGCUGUACGUCUCCCCUCACAAGAACUCCUCCGGAUGCCUCACGCCAAACUCCUACACCUACAGGAUCAACAGCAGCCCGUCUAAGGAGCUGUCGGACAUCAACCGGAUGAUCCGGCAGGGCUGCGUGAGCAGGAAGCGGGCCUUCACCAUGGAGGGCGACGUGAUGAUGUCAUCAGCCUGCGACUCCCCCAGCAAGAGGGCGUGUCCGGAGAACGGCAGCAGCCAGGACGUGCUGCUGAAGCGCCUGCAGGACGUCGUGUCGGAGCGGCAGAGCCACUGACGGAGCGCGGGAGGUGAAAGGUCACACGUCUUCCCGAGGGAUCCGGGCGCCGAGGUGUCGGGUUACAGUCAGAACCCGUGAGCAGUGCAAUUCACGCCGCCGUCUUUUAACCACUGGUUUUAGUCCGACUACAACGGAGUCUCAUAACGCGAAGAGACGGUCUGCAACCGAGAUCACAAGUCCAAAACAGCUUAGACAGCAAGUCCAGCACACAUACACACACACACACACACACACACACACACACACACUCUUCUGUUAGCGCCUAACCUCUCCCGGCCUUCUGUAUUUAACUUUGUGUUCGUCCGGGCUCACAUCCACAGCGAUCCUUUUCAGACAGAUUGAUCUGAAAACUGUGUCAUAGUUCGGCUUGUGUAUCAGUUUUAGAGUUUUACUUCUGUGUCUUGUGACUUUGUGUGUUUUAGCGUUUGUUUUAAAUGUUGUAAAGGAAACUAGAGGCGCACUGCUCACAGGAGGAGUGCCCUGCUGGCUCAACGUGUGUAGUAUCUACACAAUUUUAAAUCUAACCUGUUACACAAUCAGUUUUCAUUCAUGCUAGGAAAGAAGAUCUCUAAACAUUUUUCUGUGUUUUGCUUUUUCUUAAUGGUUUGGUUUUAAAAGAAAAGAGUCCCAAACAAAUCCGUUUGUUGUCAAAAGAAAGUAGUUUUCUUUCUCACUAACAGCCUGAAAAAAAAUGCAAUAAUGGACAAAACUCGGCUUUUCUAACAUGUAAGGUUUUUGUAUUUCUUACAGUAAAGUUUUGUAUAUUAAAAACACUCGAGUC